AAAAAAAAAGCAGGGGUGAUAGUCCAAGGUCCUGCUGUACACAUCCCUUACUUCCCCUGGGGAGAAGAGGCAUGAGAAAGUGGGUGAGAGGUAUUCUGGAAUCUCUCGGGAGCCUCACAGUAUUGUGGGGGAAAGGGAAGGAGGAGAGCAAGAGAAAGCCUAAGACUACGUGGCUGUCUUCUCUCUCAUGCCUGAUGUCCUGCCCAGCUCUGCCACUCCCAGGAGCUGGAUAAAGGCAUAAUCACCAUGGCCUCUUGGGGUGGGGGGAGGGGAGAGCUAACCACAGUCUUCCAGCCUGGAUUACCCCUGCAGGGCUGUUCCUCUGGGAGACGGUGGGGCAGGAGGCAUGUUUACCUCUUAGACUUGUGCAGAGAGAAAUCAGGGGCUGCCUGGAGCCCUAAGCAGGGUCAGAGAUGGAACACUGGGAGUCCCAUGAAAAACCCAUGUAGCUCAGUAAGAAGUGGGAACCUUCCCCAGCCUCACAGACCAGCAUAAAUUGGGGCAGGUUGUUCAGCAUUCUGUGGUUCUGGGAUAUUUAAAACAGCCUCCCCACCCAGGUUGGAUUUCUCUGAGUAGUCUUGACUGCCCUGGAAUUUUCUCUGUAGACCAGGUUGUCCUCAAACUCAGAGAUCCACCUGCCUCUGCCUCCUGAGUGUCACCACCCAACAGCUUAAAGCAAUUUUUAAAAAGCCUUGUUUGUGUGGCUGUGGUAGCAUGUGGAGGGCAGAGGACAACCUGCAGGAGCUCGGUUCCAACUCUUAUCGCCACCCACUGAGCACCUUCCAGUCCAGACCAUGGUUUGGACUAGUGAAGAGCAGGGAGAGAACGAAGAGAAGUUUGGAGGUGGAGGAGACAGGGCGCAGAGGGACCAGAACAGGUGACUGCGAGGACACUAACAGGUGCUGCUGGAAACACCAGCAAUGUGUCGUCCACCCCUACUCGGAAUGUGGCCAUCACAAGCAGCACACGCACACCGUCAGACACUGCAACUGUGAAUCUAGGCUGAAGGACUGCUCAGAGAAGACAAAUAGUAGCAGCUCCCAAGAUGUAGGCCCGACCUGCUCCAGAGAUGGGGGCUCAACCUGCUACAACAUCACCCAUACCCCUCGCUUUGAACUCAUCCCAGAGGAAGAGUGUGGGGAGCGGAUCUGGUACCGCUGGUGCAAACGCUACAGACCCCUCUCUGUGGCAGUAAUCCACCAUCCCCAUUCCAUCUAUUACACAUGUAUGGCAGAUGACCCAAAUGAGGAGGAGGAGGAGGCCCCAUCUCCCAGCCCGACUCACUUGUGUCCCACUGACAUACCUACUGACCCAGAUAUCAGACCCGUCACCAGGGCUCCCGACUCAGCAGCGCCCAUCACCAUCUGGCGUUCUGAGAGCCCCACAGACAAGAGUCAGGAGGGCAAGGUCAUCAAGAAGAUAAAGAAGAAAAAGGAGAAAGAGAAAGACAAGGAGGAGAUGGUGGAUGAAAAGGCAAAACCGAAGAAAAAUGUCAAGAAGGGCAAGUUAACUAAGAAGAAAAGCCCAGAGAAAUCAGAGUCUUCCCCUCCAGAACUAGUCAGGACGUCAGAGUCCAGCCCAGAAAGCCGAGAAGAGCCGGAGAGUGAGGACAGCUAUGAACGGAAUAAAGAGGGACGCUCCAGUGAAGAUACUGUGGAAUCACCAUCGCCCAAGAAGAAAGAGAAGAGCACCGCCCAAACCAAAAAGAAUGGGACAAAGACCUUACAAAACAAGAAGACGAGCAAGAGAAAAUCUCCCCCAGUGUCCAACCCCAAUCUCAGUUGAGGCCAGGGCAACCAGAGUGAAUAAAUCAAGCCUGUAACUGACCCCUACUGCUAUUCUCUCCCUCCAACAGGGCCUCUUCUGGGGGGAAGUGGCUGGCUCUGGGCCAGAGGCCAGGGGACAAUUCUACGAUCAAGGAGGAAGUCUAUUUCUGUGGGAAGUUAGGUAGGAGGGAGGGAGAAGCCACCUAGGAGCAGGUGGCAGAAUCUGUCUAGGGAGGGAGCGGAUGUUGGAGACCAGCGCCAUUUGUGAAACUCCUGUGGUGGGCAGCACUAUGCAGCACCACCUUCAAUAAACGGAACCUGCUGCUUACUUGGCCUGCCUUUCCCUCCUCAAGUGGCCCAAGGGAGGGGCUGUAGCACCACAGAGGACACAAUCUUCCCAGCUGGUGGAGCCCCUUGCAGCAGACCUGCUAUGCUGGAGAAAGUAGAGUUCCAGGAGAAAGCCAACCCUUUCCCACCAACACAAUCAAAGGGUGAAGAAAAGCGGGUAUGAGUUCAAUGCAGGCAGCUGUGGCGACUCAAGCAGGCACAAAGGAGGGAGGCUUUACUCUCCCAUACUGAAUCACUGCGAGAUGAAGCCUCAGACACACAGAACAAAGAAGGCUGUGGGCGGAAGGAACCAGAGCCAGGGUGCUGGCUGAUACUGAGCCAGGAAGGGAAAGGGGUGGGAAAUAGUCCCUCUCCCAUGGCCUGAGUGUCUGAGGAUGAUCAGGUGAGGGACCCAUUCUGGGCCAGGAACUGACUCUUCUGGCUGUCAGAGACCAAGUCACAGCUGAGAAAUGAAGGGGUGCCCAGGGGCUCAGGUUUACUUUACUUUUUUAAAAAAAAAAAAUUUUUUUUUUUUAAAUUAUUAUGUAUACAAUAUUCUGUCUGUAUGCCUGCAGGCCAGAAGAGGGCACCAGACCUCAUUACAGAUGGUUGUGAGCCACCAUGUGGUUGCCAGGAAUUGAACUCAGGACCUUUGGAAAAGCAGGCAAUGCUCUUAACCUCUGAGCCAUCUCUCCAGCCCCCUCAGGUUUACUUUUCUACACUGUGUGGGAGAUGAGAACAUCACAGUAGUCUGGUGGCUAAAAACCACCAGGCCCAAGCCCUGGCCCAACAUUUCAUUCAGCCCUGAGUGUGUCACCAUCUCCUUUUCAUAGAUAGGACAGCUAAUGUAAGACAGCAGAGACAGGCCAGCAGACGGCUCAGCUCUUGAAAAAUGCCUGAGCUCUCAAUGCUCACAGCUCUACUGCUCCAGCUUCAAGGGAUCCAUAACCCUCUUGGUUUUCUGUGCACACACCCACACAUGCAUAUACAUAAUUAAAAAUAAGCUGGGGGUUGUGGUUCACACUUUUAAUCUCAGCACUCAGAAGGAAGAGGCAGGUGGAUCUGAGUUUUAAGUCUACAGACUGAGUUCUACGACAGUCAGGGCUAUAACAGAGAAACCCUAUCUCAAAAGACCAAAACCCAAGAAAAACCAAAAACCAAAAAGUCAUAAGUGCACACGUGUCAUUCCCGCAACUCCAGCAUUUAGGAGGCAGAAGCAGGACUGCUGUAACUCCAAGGCCAGCCUGGGCUAGAGACAUCACCUCAACACAGCUAACAAAAGAUGUAAGAAGCACACAGGG